UUAAACUUGAUCUCCAGUCACAAUGUCCACCUUGUGGGGGAAUGCCAUAUUCUCUGCACAGGUCAUGAAAAUUGCUAUGGUUACAACUUCAGAUCGGACAGCAAUAUUUAUAGCAAAAACUGUCAAUUGAGCAAUAGCACUGUAACAAUGAACAAAACAAGAAAAAAGAAUGGAACUUGGACAUAUUACGAGGAUGUUCUGGUAACGCAAGACAUUGAUGAGUGUUCCAAUAAAUCAAGCCAUGAUUGCGAUGGAAAUGCAAAUUGCAACAACACUCCAGGUUCCUAUCAAUGUCUUUGCAUUAACGGAUACUCCGGGGAUGGACGCACUUGUACAGAUGUUAAUGAAUGCUCUGAGGGAGCACACACAUGCGAUGAAAAUGCCAACUGUACCAAUACUGAUGGUUCCUUCAAUUGUAAUUGUCAGAUUGGGUACACAGGUGACGGAAACGCUUGCAUGGGUAAAUACCAGUUAAACCAACCAAACUUAAUCGAACAGCAUCAA